AGAGAAAUUACUUGAAUGCCCAGGGUCAUACAUUUAUCAAAGGCAGUAUUUGAACUCAAGUCUUCAGCAUUCCAUCUUUGGUUUAUUUUAUGCAGCUCUCUAAAUGUUCUUAAAUCUGUUUCCUAUGUGUUUUUUUUCUGUUUUCCCAUCCAACUGGGUAGAGUCAGGCUCCCCUAAAGGAGUCUGUGGAGCCUUUGACUGAAGUCCUGAGGAGGUAUCUUGCAGUCUGGGGAGAAUAAGAGUGAAACGAAUGACCAGUGGCUUAACAACAUGGGGCAGGGUGCCCAGCUGGUUCUGGGUGGAAGGUGUCUGUGUCAUGGAUGGAGCUGGGAGAAGGUGGUGAAGCCUCCUCCCUCUACCAUCACCAGGCCUAUUUUCCACUCCAAAUCACACAGCUCCCUGAGCUCAUCCUUUGCCUAAUUGAAGGCUGUAAGUUCCAGGAAACUGCUCGGUCCUCUUGUUUUCCUGCUGCCCAGGGCUAGUCAGCCAGGAUGAUUAUGCCCUCCUUUGUCUCUGGAGGAGACAAUAAAAAAAAAACAAAACACAACAAAACCUCUGCUAUGCCUCUGGCCUGGGGCAGCUGGGGAGAGAGAGAAGGACAUCAUGCCAGGGGGGUCAGAAAUUGCUUGUCCUUCUGGGAGCCCUGGGGCUCCAUGCAGGAAUGAGUGAGGAGACAAAUUAUACUGUUGAGAUUUUGGCUCUGACUUCAAGAAUGAGAGAGCCUGGGCCCCACCCCUGGCCUGAGUAUAAAGGGGCUGCAGCCUGGGGUCCUGCUGUCCAGUCAGACUGAGUUGAACUGGACACUGAGUUGUCAACAUGGCUACCACUACCACUGUCAGACAGUACUCCACUUCUGGGUCCAUGAAAGGCAUCUGUGGACUGGGUGGCGGUUCCUCCCGAGUGUCUUCAGUCCGGGUUGGGGGGGCCUGCCUUGCUCCGAGCCUCCUGGGGGCCGGCAGCUGUGGGAACAUGUCAGUCACCUCAUCCCGCUUCACCUCCAGCUUGGGGGGCGGCUAUGGCAGUGGCUACAGCUGCAGCCUGGGAGGGGGUUUUGGCACCAGCUAUGGCGUAGGGGAUGCCCUGCUGGGAGGGAGCGAAAAGGAGACCAUGCAGAACCUCAAUGACCGCCUGGCCAACUACCUGGACAAGGUGCGUGCCCUGGAGGAGGCCAACACUGACCUGGAGCUGAAGAUCCGGGACUGGUACAAGAAGCAGGGUCCUGGGCCUGCCCGUGACUACAGUCCUUACUUCAAGACCAUUGAGGACCUGAGGAACAAGAUCCUGGCCGCCACCAUUGACAAUGCCAGCUUGGUCCUGCAGAUCGACAAUGCCCGUCUGGCUGCGGAUGAUUUCCGUACCAAGUAUGAGACUGAACUGAACCUGCGUCUGAGCGUGGAGGCUGAUAUCAAUGGCCUACGCAGAGUAUUGGAUGAGUUGACCCUGGCCAGGGCUGACCUGGAGAUGCAGAUUGAGAACCUUAAGGAGGAGCUGGCCUACCUCAGGAAGAACCAUGAGGAGGAAAUGAAUGCCCUUCGUGGCCAAGUUGGUGGAGAUGUCAAUGUGGAGAUGGAUGCAGCUCCUGGGGUGGACCUGAGCGGCAUCUUAUCUGAGAUGCGAGACCAGUAUGAGAAGAUGGCUGAGAAGAACCGCAAGGAUGCUGAGGACUGGUUUUUCACAAAGACGGAGGAGCUGAACCGAGAAGUAGCCACCAACACGGAAGCCCUGCAGAGCAGCAAGACAGAGAUCACCGAGCUGAGACGCUCUGUCCAGAACCUGGAGAUUGAGCUGCAGUCCCAGCUCAGCAUGAAAGCUUCCCUGGAGGGCACCCUGGCAGAGACAGAGGCUCGCUAUGGGGCCCAGCUGUCCCAACUCCAAGGGCUGAUUAGCAGCAUUGAGCAGCAGUUGUGUGAGCUCCGCUGCGACAUGGAGCGUCAGAACCAGGAGUAUAAGAUCCUCUUGGAUGUGAAGACCCGGCUGGAGCAGGAGAUUGCUACCUACCGUCGCCUGCUGGAGGGAGAGGAUGCUCACUUGGCUUCCCAAUACUCCUCUGCUCUGGGCUCCCAGUCCAGCCGAGAUGCCAUAGUGACCAGCCGCCAAGUACGCACCAUCAUGGAGGAGGUCCAGGAUGGGAAAGUAGUCUCUUCAAGGGAGCAGGUCCACCGCUCUACUCACUAAGCCUGCAGCGGGCACCUUGCUGGGCAACAUGGAGAAAGGGGGGUAUUUCCUCCAUCACUGUGGCAGGGGGUCCCUGCCAGUGUCUUGGUCUCUGAGCUAACAUUUUCUGGUAUUGGUUUCCUGCUGCCCCAUUCCCCUACCACCCCAUUGGG